CUUAGGUUUUUGUGUACAUUCAAGAAAAGUGAAGGGACGUGUACAAAACUUCACAAAAAUUUGAUCAUCACAUUUUAAUUUAUUAUUUUCUGCGCCCUGUUAUACCUAAAAUUAUAUGCAAGAUGCCGCGAACUCGUCGAAAACGCAAGCUUUCAGGAAAGUUGAAUGAUUGUCCGGAACAGGAUCGAUGCGAAAGGGAAACAAAAAUCAAGACUGAACCCGAGGACGAUCUUCCAGCGUCUGGAGUCUGCUGUUUGUGCAAGGCUUCCGCCGGAGUACAGCUAUCGGCACUGUUCGAGGAAGGUUCCAAGCGGGCAGAUCCAACAACGGUGGACAAAAUAAAGAUUUGCAUCGGACGGGAGAUGUCACCCGAGACGGAUCCGGCAGCGAGAAUUUGCUGCCUUUGUCUCCAAGAGUUGGAUGCGCACCACGGUUUCUGGAAGCAGGCUUUGCAGUGCAAUGAUUAUGCUCAGAAUCAAAUGGCCGCAGAUGAAGCCGAAGUGGUCGACGCUCCAACUGAGAUUCGGGUCUGCCGAUUUUGCCUGAAGAUUGGUGGUAAAUUACUGGAUCUAUUUCCGGAAGGAGCAGCUUCAAAUGAGCAUCAGCUGGACAAAAUUCGGGAGUGUUUAGCAGUUCAGAUGAAUUCUUGGGAUCCUGUGACGAAGAUUUGCCGAGCCUGUAUUCAACGGAUUCAAAAAUUCCUGGAUUUUCAAACAAAGCACGUACCGGUAUCGAUAUUUCAGCAAGAAAACGCUGCAAGUUCAUCAUACCCGUCUAAUGGGAUGCUGCAGGAAGAGACCCAAAGCGAAGGUUUGGGUUUGGAACUUAGCGUGCUCGGUUCAAAUAGUUCGAUAGAGGAUGAAAACAAACGAAUAGAUCAAUUGACCGGGGUUAAGCCGAAGCCGGAAGCGAUCCGGCCGGAGAUCGUGGAGCUGCUUGGAGCCGAUUCGGAUGCAAGGAAUUUUAGCGUUGUGUUAAAGAAUGGCGAGCAAUUGAAGGUAGCCUUUGAGGGCUAUCAAUUUCGAUUCCAUUCGACGACAGGUAGAGGUGGCACCUUGUGGUAUUGUGUAGAAUCAAAACUUCGAAGAUGUUGUGUACAGUUGGAGAUUGAUUCCAAGGGGGAAAUAGCUUCUAUAACAAGCAAACGCAGCAGACAUGUUCACCCAGUUCUGCCGCCUAAAAUUAUGGAAUGUCCCAUAGGGAAAGGAUUCGUACAAUCCAGCGACAAUAAUGAACCGUUCUGGUUGUUCAACUCUCGGCAAAUGUAUAACAACCAGUCAAGAAGCUUGAUAUUUGCGGGAUUCCGAUAUUUUUUACAUUGCUGCAAUAACAGUAACCCGAUAAGUAUUUGGCACUGUGGCAGACGAGGGAAAGGGCUUUGCAUGGCUAUUCUGGAGGUAGGAGGAAUAUUUCAGCACGUUCAAAUCAUAGGUGCCCAUAAUCAUGCAGCCUUGAAACAGGAAAUUAUUGAUGUGGUUUUGAAGGGAUCUGCGAUUGAUUUAGAAACCACGGAAGCAAUAGAUGCAUUCCAAAAAAAUAAUCAGGUAAAGGCAGUUAAGCGAACAGCCGGGAUUUCCAAAGAGCAGCAACGGCGUGCUAUAAAAUCGGUUAUGAAAGAGAAAAGUCCUGAUAUAUUCCAAGUUCUCCAGGAGGACGAUCCGGAGCGAAAUUUUGAAUGUGUGAAUGCUGGUUCUAAGCUAAAGAUUAAGACGGAAGGCUUUGAAUACCGAUAUUAUGGGACUCAAGAGGAUGAAUCAACGCUUUGGAAGUGUAUAAUGGAUUCGUUACAUCAUUGUUUAAUGAUGGCAAAGGUCAGUGGGAAUGGUAAACAUUUGGAAAUUUACAAAGGCUCACGCCACAGCCAUCCAGUGGAACCUGCAGAGAUGUUCGGUUAUCCUUUAGGGAAGCGGAUGAUUGGAGAUGAACCAUUGUGGAUGUUAAAGCGGUUCUCCAUCUACUACGAAAGCCGGUACGUUAUAUAUCGGGAUAAUGUAUUCAUAUUGCAGGAAGUAAAUAAGAAAGGCGUCAUACGCUGGAAAUGCUUAAGAAAGCAAAGUUGUCAUGCUUUGCUAAUCGUCAAAGGAGACUUUAAGGACGUUUGCUUGCGCAAAGAUCAUUCUCAUGAGAAGACACCACAAAAAAUCAUUACAAGAUUAAUAGAAGGUCGUUCAAAUCCGUUGAGUCCAGCAGAAAAUAUCUCCUUCAAGGAACGACUUCUGUCGGUUCCUUCGAUGACUGGGAAAAUCUGGGACGAAGUUCGAAACGAACACGAAACCUUCUACGUUCUGAAUGAAGUAAAAACUGGAGAUAGAGUUGGCUACGGCUUGAUAUUCCGAGGCUUCCGAUAUUCGUUCACUUCGCAGGACCAGUAUGGAACUAGUCGAUGGCUGUGUAUGAAACAGGAAGGGUGUCGUGUGGCAGCCGUUGUGGAGGGGAUUUACGAGUCUAUCUAUAUAAAAGAAGAGCACACUCACGAAGUUAUGUUGGAUUCCGAAAUGGAUCUAAUGAUCCAACGAAGUGCGAACAAUACUCUAUCUGAUGCCGCAGAAGGCAGUGGUUUAGUUGAACAUUUGGCGAAUGACUAUGAUUCGAACAACAUACUAUCUAUACUUGCUCGCCAGGAUCCCGAUAGGAACUUUUCGGUCAGUAGAAUGAAAGCCAAGCUACUCAUUCAUUUCGAUGAAGAAGAUUUCCGUAUAAACCUUCGAGAAUCAGAUGGGACAAGUUUAUGGAGUUGUACCUGGCUACAUGUACGAAAGUGUCCAGUCGUUCUCCAUUUAAGUGCUGAUGGUAAACAAGUCACCACCGUUGAUCCGGAAAAGAAACAUAACCAUUCCGAAGAGCAAAUUGCUCUCUUCUAUUUGGCAUGCGGCAAAGCACUCGUCUACGAUGAAUAUAUUGGAGCCAGUCGGUACUACUGGUUGUUCAGUUGCCAAUCCGAGUACCGCACAAAUCGAGCCAUUAUCUACCAAGGCUACAAAUACUACCUUCACACAAUUGGAAACAACAGAAUGAGUUCCUGGAAGUGUCGCGUAAAAAAGUGCAAAGCAUUUGCUCGCGUCGAAGACUGCCUCAAGGUAAUCACCUGCAAGAACCACCACACCCAUGAUCCUCUCCCGGACGGGGAAAUUCUCGCCAUCACCGGUUCAACCGAAGUGGAUAAAGAUUUGCUGCCGGAUCCCAGUAUCCUUGCAUCCGAUGGCGCUCCGGCAAACGAAGGUCCACUUCGCCCAUUUACCUUGUUGAGGCUUCUCUCAAGAAACGAUUCGGAUCGCAACUUCCAGGUAUCGAUCGACAAAGAGAAGAUGAAAAUUCUCCAGAAUGGUUACGAAUAUUACUAUCAAUCUUCCAAUUCAGCUCACUCCCUUUGGAAGUGUAUCUACAGCUUCAUCCGUCGUUGCCGUGCUGUGCUUUAUGUUGACAACCAGUGCAAACAAGGAUUCCUACCAAAGAUCCCCAAACACAACCACCCCGUCGAACUGUGGGACAUUUUCCGCUAUCCUCUGGGGAAAAACAGCAUCAUGGAUAGCAACACGAAAACCAUGAAACCCUUCUGGUACCUAAUGCAGUCUGACUUUCUGCGAUCUUACCCCAUACUAAUAUAUGACCAGAACAAAUUCCACAUGACUUUUAUAAACGAACACGGAGACAGUUGCAAGUUUCGGUGCGCAGGGCAAUCAGGGCAAUACUGUACGGCAACACUGACCGUAACGAUGUUGUUCGAAUCAAUAGCUGCCACCGGCAGCCCGCAUAACCAUGAAUCUCCGUCGGAGGAAAAGAUAGCGACAUGGAUUCGGAUCUACGGAGGGGGUGCAGCGGACGAAGAACACGAAGAAGACAGUGAAUGCGACAAUCAGAUAGCAUUUGUUGAGGUGCCAAUGGACAGCGAUGAUACUCUGAAAUGCGACGAACUGUAAUGUUGUAGGCACGAUUGGUUUCUAUUUAUGUUUUGUAACAACUGAAAAUAUAAUCAUUCAACCCAUCGC